AUGGCGGCAUCCAUGGAGCUACUUUGCUGGGGAGGCGACUGGGACUUGCCAUCUGUACAUACAGAAUCUCUGAUUGUGCUGGCAUAUGCAAAAUUUGCUGGUGCCAAACUUACAGUGAAGCCAGUGGACUGGACAUGGAGGACUAUUACUGCUGUGAUUCCACAACUGAACUAUGAGUGCUCUUCAGUAACAGAACCUACACAGAUUCUGAAUUUCCUCCGAAAAAAUAGAUUCAACGCAGACUAUGAGCUGUCGGCCAAGCAGGGCGCGGAUACCAUGGCCUACAUCGCACUGCUGGAGGAGAAGCUUCAGCCUGCUCUGCUCCACACGUUCUGGGUGGAUGCAGAAAACUACAGCAGCCUUACGAAGCCGUGGUUUGCAGCGCACUCUCCCUUCCCACUUGGCUUCUUCGUGCCAGGCCGCCUGGCUGGUGCGGCUCUCUCUAGGAUUCUGCUCACCAAGGCUGAGGCCCCACUGCACUCCAUCACUGAGGUAGAAGGAAAGAUCUACAGUGAUGCCAAGGAGUGCCUGAAUCUGCUAUCCCACAGACUGGGGACUUCGCUCUACUUUUUUGGAAAUGCGCCUACGAGUUUGGAUGCCUUUGUGUUUGGCUACUUGGCUCCACUCCAUAAAGCCAGUCUGCCCAGUGGUCAACUGCAGCAGCAUCUGAAACAGCUUCAUAACCUCUGUCACUUCUGCAGUACCAUCCUCCAAAACUACUUUACUGAGGCUGGUUCUGGCCGUCCUCAUUCUAACCAGGACGCAGUCGAUGCAAACCUCCAGAAACUGACGCAGCUUGUUAACAAAGAGUCCAACCUUAUCGAGAAGAUGGACGAUAACUUGCGAAGCAGCCCGCAACAUAGGCUGAACAGAGCCCACAGACCUGCACCCAAACCUUCAUUCCAGACCGCUGGGAGGAACUCCACCCCUGCCUGACCCCAGUCCCCUCCUGAGCAUCGGUCUCUCCCUCCAUUCUGCUAUUUACGCUCAUUAUUAUGAGCGGCACUUGGAGCGAUCUCUUCAUACGAGCCUCACUACAGCAGCAGUGAUAAGUUUAUUCAUUGUUUUUCUAUUUUUUGAUGCAGCGUGACAUUUGUAACACGGAAAGUUUAGAUUGUCGGCUUUGUGUCUGGACAGGGACAAAAAUGAAGACAUUGCAUCUCUUGUAAA